UCAUUCUAAUUAAUCUAUACGAUACAAUGGUAAAGAACUAAGUAUCAACCAUAUUAAUAAUGAUAAGAACAGGAAUUAGGGCAAGUAGAAGUGUUGUAUCAAGACCAUUGACGUUUGUAAGGUCAUAUCAAUCUAAAGAUCAUACCAUUUCCAAUGGAGAAUCAUUAGAACUGAAGAUAUUAACUAAAUCAUUAGAAUUUGUUCCAACUUAUGGAUUUAAUAGUACAUGUAUUACUAAAGCAAUAAGAGAAUUAAAUUAUCCUGAUUCAUUACUGUCAAUAAUUAAUACUGAUGGUUCAAGUCCUGAAUUUAAAUUAGUUUCUUAUUGGUUAAGUCAUCUGAGAAAGAUUUUAGAAGAUCAUGCAAAGGAUCCUCAAAGUAAAGAAUUUCAUUCAUUAACUAAUCAAUAUGAAAGAGUUGGAUAUUUAAUUAAAAAGAGAUUAGAAUUAAAUGAACCUAUAAUUAAACAUUUAACAUAUGGUAUUUCUCAAUUAAUUGUACCAUAUAAUAUUACUAAAUCAAUGGAAGAAUUACAUAAUUUAAGUGAUGAUAUUGCCUUUUAUGCUGGUGAUGAAUCUAAUGAUUUUGCAUGGUAUAGUAAACGUAUGGGAAUUUCAACAAUUUAUGUUACUUCUGAAUUAUAUCAAUUAACAGAUACAAGUUCUAAUUUUAAAAAUACUAAGAAAUUUGUUGAUGAAAAAGUUUCUCACUUCCAAGGUUUAGGUUCUGCUUAUAAUGAUGUAGAACAAUGGAGUGCUUUCAAUGCCAUUAGUUUAAUAAAUUUGAUUAAAUCUCAAUUAGUUAGAGGAUGAUUACUGCAAAAAUUAAACUCAAGAUACAUACAUAUAUAUACAUAUAGAUAUAUAUUAAUGAAUAAAGAUA